AUGAAUGCCGGACUUGCCGCAAGAUAUAAUAUAGAAGACAAAGUCGCCAAUCGUGAUUUUGGACAAGUUAAAGUGCAGGAGGCACAACAAGCAGGCAGAACAUUCCGCUUGAAGUACCAGGAAGAGUAUGCCCAUCAAAAACUAGCACACCGAGGCGGUCCUCUGCUGGAUCAUGUCUAUACUCCUCCAAUCCCUCGUGGAGGUAUAUUUGUACCACCUAAUCAACCUCAGCCAAAUCAACCAAGUCCUCCUCGUUACCCGCACGGUCCUCUGUUUCCGGCUCCAGAUCCACUGCAACCAAUUCCUGAUCCGAUGAAUCCACUUGCUCAGCCGCCUCGAGUCAAUCCAUUCGGUCCAGGAGCUCCAUUUGGUGGUCAGGGUGGCCCAUUAGGGCCACUCGGAGGGAGAGGAGGUGAGUUCAAUCCGUUCGAUCCAGACAAUCGUGAAAUAUUUCCAGGACGUCCUAAUCAGGGCGUCCCUCGUGGAGGGCCACGAUAUUUCCCCGCAAAUCGUUGGGAUCGAAAUGACUUCAUUUGA